UGUAUCUGCGCAUCUCGACACGGUCCUGAUCGAUAUACUGCAGCGGUCGACACAGCCAGUAAGAUGGCUCCCGUAGCUGUGCCCGGCGCACCGCCCCUCACCAAGCUCGUCGACCCAAAUGGCUACUUCGAGGGCCAGAUCAGCAUCGACGGCAAGCCUGUUGAGAUCUACAAGGUCGAGCACAGCGAGCGCAAGACGACCUGCUUCAUCGAGGCCGUCGAGGGCAAGGAGUACACGGUCAAGUUUCGUCGAUUCGUCUUGCCAAGCGCUGUCAGAGCCUCGGUCUACGUCGACGGCCUGUUUGCACGGUGCCACACGCUGCAGCUCGGCGACAAAUCUACCUGGAUCUGCGACGGCGUCCGCGUUUCGCCCGAGCAUGUCCGCCCGUUCAUGUUCCCCCAGAUCGCGCUCACGGACGACCCAGAUGCGGCGACAGCGACCGAGAACGUGAUCAAGGCGCUCGGGGCGGUCAGCAUCGACUUUCACCGCAUCACCAUGAACGGCAAGAUGUGCCCCAGACGGGGCAGUGGCGGAGAGCGCAAGCAACCUGUCGUCGACGAGCGCAGCAAGAAAGCCUCGAUGUCGCACUCGACCGCACCCCAGCUCAAGCCGAGGGCCCGGCUCUACGAGGAGUACAAGUGGAUCGACCGCCCCGCCUCGCCCUACUACACGCUCGAAUUCAAGUACCGCUCGAGGGACCUCCUCGAGAUCGACAAGAUAGUCGAGCCCGAGCCCGCCUCGCCAUCGCUCGCUCGCCGUUCCCCUCCUCUCCAGCCCGCCGUCGCCUCGACCUCGAACGCCAACGCCGCCGCCGCGGCCAGCACGUCGUCGUCGUCGGCGAGCGGCAAGAAGCGCCGCCAGUCGACGUCCGAGUCGAGCUCGACCUCGCGCGACCAGGAGCUGCAGGAGAUGCGCGCCAAGAUCGCCCGCCUCGAGGAGGAGAACUCGCAGUACCGUACCGGCGCGGGCGCGAGCACAAGCGGCGCCGUCAAGCGCGAGAACGGCGGCGACGAGGACGUCAAGCCGGCGUUCGUCAAGGGCGAGCCGAUCGGCAAGACCAAGAUGGAGAACGGCAGGAUGGUCAUCGACCUCCUCGACGACGACGACGACGACUGA